GACGUCCGCAGUCUCUACGCUCAGAUGUCGGGCCGCGAGCUGGACCAGCCCAACGCUCCGAUCAGAACCAGUCUGGACCGGAUCCUGAGCCACAUCCGGAGCCACUGGGAGGCGCUGACGGAGAGGAACCGGGCCGAGACCGACUGCUACCUGGACGGCAAGGAGGCACAGUGUGUAAGUCUGAGUCCUGAGGAGCAGCAAGUGGAGGCUCUGAAGGCCGAGUGCAGCGACACCUGCUGUCAGAUCCAGAACCUGCAGGCAGAGAGCGAGUCCAUCAGAGCACUGAGGCGGGGUCUGCAGAGCUCCCUGUCCGACGCUCAGCACUGGCAGCAGGUGGAGCAGCAGAACCGGGCCUCAGUGGUUCUGCAGCUGCAGGCGGAGUUGAGCGAGCUGCAGGAGGAGAUCCAGCAGCAGAGACGCCUCUACGACACGCUGCUGAGCAACAAGCAGCGCCUGGAGAGGGACGUGGGCGUGUACCAUGGGGUGCUGGACGGGGAGGAGAGCCGCUUCACACCGGUUUCAGGUCUGCACUCAGUGCCAGAGGGAGACUCCAGGACUGACUCUGCAGAACCUCCAGGAUCCUGAUCCCGGAGGACCUCCAGGACCCUGAUCACUGAGGACCUCCAGGACCCUGAUCCCUGAGGACCUCCAGGACCCUGAUCCCUGAGGACCUCCAGGACCCUGAUCACUGAGGACCUCCAGGUCCCUGAUCCCUGAGGACCUCCAGGACCCUGAUCCCUGAGGACCUCCAGGACCCUGAUCCCUGAGGACCUCCAGGACCCUGAUCCCGGAGGACCUCCAGGACCCUGAUCACAGAGGACCUCCAGGACCCUGAUCCCAGAGGACCUCCAGGACCCUGAUCACAGAGGACCUCCAGGACCCUGAUCACAGAGGACCUCCAGGACCCUGAUCACAGAGGACCUCCAGGACCCUGAGUAAAGUAAUAAAUAUAACUGAAUACAGAUAUAUUAAUAAAUAUAUAUGAAUAAUGAAAGUGAGACCGGUGAGGUGUUCAUGGGUUCCUUGUUCCUAUAUUAAAUAUUGAUAUAUUAUAUACACACCUUUCACUGAGUUACCUGGGAGACAAGGACACCUGAACGCACCGCUAAACCCAAAGGAUUGUGGGAAACUGAGUUGCCCUUUGACCUGUUCAGUGAUUCUGAAUCAAUCUGAUAUUAUAUACACAGUCAAAUAUAACAUUUAUAUACAGUGAUUGUAUGAGGUGUAAUUAUUGUUAUUGAUGGUUUCUGAUGAACAAACCGCUGCUACUGGAUAUUAAAGAAACUUUAAAGAUA